CUCUCUCUCUAUAUAUACAUGCUAGCUCUCUGGCUCUGCUCAUCUCAUCAUCAUAAACCAAAACUUUCUUCUUUUUGUUUCACUUUCUUUUCUAAUUAAUUAGUAUAUAUAUAUAUAAUUAAGUUAAGCUUAUGCAUGGCUUGUUCAUCCGGGACUUCGAUGGUGGCGGUGGUUUCUUUCUUCUUCUUCUUCUUCAUCAUCUUACUCUUAGAUGCUGAUUCUACUGUAACUGCUGCUCGUCCCGCCAUGGAGGAAUUCCACUCCUUGCACGACUUUCGUAGGAAUCUAUUGGCAAAUGGACUCGGUCUUACACCACCCAUGGGGUGGAAUAGUUGGAACCACUUUCACUGCGAUAUUGAAGAGCAAUUGAUUAGGGAAACAGCGGAUGCGAUGGUGUCCACUGGACUUGCUGGACUAGGAUACCACUACAUAAACUUGGAUGAUUGCUGGGCUGAACUGAACAGAGACUCUCAGGGAAACUUGGUUCCUAGAGCUUCAACAUUUCCCUCUGGAAUAAAGGCACUGGCAGAUUAUGUUCAUAAGAAAGGCUUAAAGUUAGGGAUUUACUCCGAUGCUGGUACUCAGACAUGCAGUAAAACAAUGCCUGGAUCAUUGGGCCACGAGGAACAAGAUGCAAAAACCUUUGCUUCCUGGGGAAUAGACUAUUUGAAGUAUGAUAAUUGUAACAAUGAUGGCACGAGUCCAAAAGUGAGAUAUCCAGUUAUGAGCAAGGCAUUAUUAAACUCAGGAAGGCCUAUCUUCUUUUCUCUGUGCGAAUGGGGACAAGAGGACCCUGCAACUUGGGCCUCAGGUAUUGGAAAUAGUUGGAGAACAACAGGAGACAUUUCUGAUAAGUGGGAAAGCAUGAUUUCUCGUGCAGAUGAAAACGAUAAAUGGGCAUCACAUGCCGGACCUGGAGGUUGGAAUGAUCCUGACAUGCUCGAAGUUGGAAAUGGAGGAAUGGAAACGGAGGAGUAUCGAUCCCAUUUCAGCAUUUGGGCAUUAGCCAAGGCUCCUCUUUUAAUUGGGUGUGAUGUUCGAUCCAUGAGCAAUGAAACAUACGAAAUAUUAAGCAACAAAGAAGUGAUUGAAAUUAAUCAAGAUAAACUUGGAGUUCAAGGGAAAAAGGUUAAAAAAGAUGGGGAUCUAGAGGUUUGGAGUGGUCCUCUUAGUGAUGGGAAAGUUGCGCUAGUGCUGUGGAAUAGAGGUUCUUCUAAAGCCACAGUUACUGCACACUGGUCUGACAUUGGCCUUCAGCCAACAGCACUUGUCGAUGCUCGUGACUUGUGGCAGGCUUGGCUUCUCGAAAUUAGUUCCUCCGUCUCUCUACCGUAUAAUGAAGACGCCUUGAAAAGCAUGGGAGGAAACGAAGUAUAUUAACAAAUGCAGAAGACCCACUCACUAUUAUUGAACUCCAAGAGACCUCUCUACCUGUGGAACCUCAAGGUUCUCAACUCGAUCAAUGAUGGCCUCUUCUCUGAUACACUCUACCUCUAUUCUUCCAUGUUGCGGAGUGGCGUUCAUGGCAAUCACUUCACGUUUCCUAUGGUCCUAAAAGCCUGCUCUAAUAUCAACUCCGUACUCCACGGUACUAUGAUUCAUUCCCAUGUACACCAACUGGGGUUUCAACAACAUGUAUUUGUGCAGACAGCUCUUCUAAAUAUGUACUCCAAAUGCGAUGAACUCGAGUCUUCAAGGAAAGUGUUCGAUAAAAUGCCUGUGAGAACUGUUGUUUCUUGGAACUCCAUCAUCUCUGCUUAUUGUCGUUGUUCUUUGGUUGAUGAGGCCACUUUUCUGUUACACGAAAUGCGUGUUCUUGGUUUCAAACCUAGCUCCACUACGUUUCUUAGUUUUCUGCCUACUUGCGUUCUUCAACAAGGCUUAUCAAUCAAAUGCUGCGCAUAUAAAUUUGGACUUCUAAAUAUUCGGGAAAUUCCUUUAGCUAAUGCCGUCAUGAAGAUGUAUGUUAAAUAUGGUCAGGUUCAUGAAGCUCGCUCAAUUUUUGAUUUGAUGCAUGAGAAGUCGGUCAUUUCUUGGACAACAGUUAUCGAUGGUUAUGUGGGUAUUGGUAACGUCACUGAAGCAUUCAGCUUGUUUAAUCAAAUGAGAACAAGCAUUAGACCAGACUUUAUAGUCUUCAUGAGCCUUAUUUCAGGUUGUGCGCAAGAGGGGAAUUUGUUGGUUGCUUCAACAAUUCAUUCUCCCAUAGUUAAAUGUGGAUUUGAUAAUGAAGAUCCGAUUGACAACUUGCUUGUGAGAAUGUAUGCAAACUGUGAAGACCUUGUCUCAGCUCGAAGAGUAUUUGAUAUGGCACAUGAAAAAAGUGUCUUCUUGUGGACUUCUAUGAUUAGAGGGUAUACUCACUUGGGUUAUCCUCUUGAAGCUUUGGAACUUUUCAAGACAUUGUUAGGUACAGCUAUUAAGCCAGAUGAAGCAACCGUGACAACUGUCCUUUCAGCUUGUGCUGAUUUGGGUUCGCUCAAUGUGGGCGAAGAGAUUGAAGGGUACAUUUUGGCUAACGGUUUGCACUCAAAUCUACAAGUCCAAACCUCUUUUAUGCGCAUGCUCUGUAAAUGUGGGAAUUUAGAGAAGGCAAAGGCAGUAUUUGAGAGAUUAUCAACAAAAGAUUUAGCUGCUUGGAGUUCCAUGAUAAAUGGUUAUGCCAUCCAUGGUAUGGGAGAGGAAGCUCUCAGUCUCUUUCACAAGAUGCAAAAAACGGAAAUGAUAAAGCCAGAUGCUGCUAUCUACACAAGCAUAUUACUGGCUUGCAGCCAUUCAGGAUUGAUUGAAGAUGGAUUGAAAUUUUUUCAAAGCAUGCAAAUGGAUUUUGGAAUUGAACCCAGUAUAGAACAUUAUACCUGCUUGGUAGAUCUUCUUGGCAGAGCUGGUAAGCUUGAAUUGGCAUUGAAAACAAUCAAAGAGUUGCCUGUCAAAGUACAAGCUAAGGCAUGGGCUCCAUUUCUCAGCGCAUGCAGAAAACAUAGCAAGCUUGAGCUGGGGGAGUUUGCUGCUAGAAAGCUGUUUGAUUUGAAUCCUGGAAGCGUCGGCAAUUAUGUUGUAAUGGCCAAUUUAUAUGCACAUGCAGGUAAGUGGAAGGAGGCUGCGGUGACAAGACGGUUGUUGGAUGACAGAGGAUUGGUUAAAGAAUCAGGUUGGAGCUAUAUAGAGAUCAAUGGUUCUGUCCAUGUUUUUGUUGCUGGAGAUCGAUCACACUAUCAGUUGGGUGAUAUCUAUAACAAAUUAGAGGAACUAAAUGCUAAACUUUUAGAAGCUGGGUAUAUUCCAGAAGCAGAUAACGUGGUUCAUGACUUGGAAAAGGAAGAGAAGGAGGAAUCAUUGAAAGUUCAUAGUGAGAGACUGGCUAUAGCAUUUGGUCUCAUCAGUACUGAGGCAGGUACAACUCUGAGGAUUAUAAAAAACCUACGAACUUGUGAUGAUUGUCAUUCUGCUUUGAAAUGCAUCUCAAAAAUUACAGGAAGGCAUCUUAUUGUGAGAGAUGGUCAACGCUUCCACCAUUUUGAAUCUGGUUCCUGUUCAUGCAAGGAUUUCUGGUGAUUUUACUCCCUUGUACUGCUAAUUAUUCGCUUCUGGCCAAUAUGAUCUCAAAAUCAAUCAAGUACUUCAACUAUGAAGAGAUGUCAAGCUUUUGUUGGAAUUUGAUUUGGCUGGGAAGGAUUACUCUACUGCUCGUCAAGCAUAAACUAUUUUGGGUAUUGUUGAGGUCUUGAUGCUACGCAUCCUAGUUUCCUGCAAGUAGGCAGUAGCCACAAAGCUAAUAUGGAGCAAUAUAGCCAGUGUAUAUCUAGUUUAACAGGUGGAUGCCUACUGACAUUGAAUCAAUGUAAAAUAACAAUGGGCAGUUCAGUUGUUGAGAGUUUUCUAUGGAAUGACAUAGAAUAUGUCAAAGCAACAGGUAAGGUCAAACCAUUCAUUUAGGGAGCCGGCAUUAAAACGUGUUAUGACUUAUGAGGUUUUUGGACGCAACGCAAACCAGCCCAACACAUGCUAAAAGAUUGAUUCUUUGCAAGGAAGGAGUGGAAGUUCAGGUUCGGUUCAGUUACAUCUCAAAUGUGAUUAUCCUAAAUUGGUUUAUGGAGAAAUUUAUAAUUACAGAGGUUGCAUAUUUUUGUGGUCAAGAAGCGACACUAUCAAAUAAAAGGGUAAAGGCUUGAACUAAGGAUGCUGUUAAAAGGUUCUGGAUUACAUGCAUGAUUACUAGCUCACCAGAACUUCACAGUGGGAUCUUCAUAAUUUAGCAGUGAUGAGGCUAUUUGUUGAUGACAAGAAAAUUGGUCAAGAGAUGAUGGCACAGGAACCUCGUAGAAGGUCAAUGUAGUGCUAAUAAUGGAAGCUCUGCAUACAUAUGCGUUGUAGGGUUUUUGCAACAGAGGUCGGACUCGAGCUGCAGAUUGCCUCUGUGCAUGCCACGUUUGAAAUAUUCAAAUAUUCAAGUGAUACUCAGGCAGUUGAUUGCUUACUGCCGUUGCUAAAUUCCAUUAUGUAGAGCGCUAGGAUACAUUUUUCAAUAAGAGGGUAUAUUUCUUGCACCACUUGUACUCAAUAUGGUGAAUAUAUGCAAUUCAAAGGGAGAGAGAGAUUUAAAGAUGCAAGCUGAAAUUUGUAGGGUUUCUGUACAUUAUAUCUUGGUUCUGCUCGAGCACUUUAGCAAGUUAAAUUGGUUAAUAAAUUGAAAAAUCCAUUUUAGAAUCCAUGAA